AAAGAAAACAACAAAAAUGGCGGACAGUGCGAGCGAGCUCGAAAGUGAUACGAGCUCUAUUGAUGGGGGCCCUACGCUUAAACCACCAUCUCCGGCGACAUUAGAACAACUCCAGAAAAGAAUAGAAUCAUUACAGCAAGAAAACAGAGUAUUAAAAAUGGAGUUAGAAACAUAUAAACUGAAAUGCAAGACGUUACAGGAGGAGAAAAAAGAACUCCAGAAAGCCAGUGUCAACAUUCAAGCCAGAGCUGAGCAAGAGGAAGAAUUCAUUAGUAAUACCUUACUGAAGAAAAUACAAUGUCUGAAAAAGGAGAAGGAAGCAUUGGCUAUGAAUUAUGAACAAGAAGAAGAAUUUUUAACCAAUGAUUUGUCCAGAAAAUUAACACAGCUUAGGAAUGAAAAAGUAGAAUUGGAGGAGACAUUAGAAAAAGAACAAGAAUACCAAGUUAACAAAUUGAUGAGGAAGAUUGAAAAGUUAGAAAGAGAAACCUUGUCUAAACAAGUUACUCUUGAACAGUUGAGACGAGAAAAAGUGGAAUUAGAAAAUGCAUUAGAACAAGAACAAGAGUCCCUAGUCAACAGGUUGUGGAAAAGAAUGGACAAAUUAGAGGCAGAGAAAAGAUUGCUUCAGGAAAAGUUAGACCAACCUGUGACUGGCCCUCCUUCUCCCCGUGAUAUGAACAAUGGCGAUACAGCACAGAACUUAACACAACAUAUAGAAAACCUAAGAGGAGAAGUCAAUAAUUUGAAAGAAAUGCUGCGGAGAGCGCAACUAGAACAUGAACAAAAAAUGGCACAGUAUGCUCAAGAAGAAAAACACAUAAGAGAAGAAAAUUUACGUCUACAAAGAAAAUUACAGUUAGAGAUGGAAAGAAGAGAAAACCUUUGUCGUCACCUGUCUGAAAGUGAAUCUAGUCUUGAAAUGGAUGAUGAAAGGCAUUUUAAUGAGAUGACAAAGCAGCAAGAUUUAAGUCAUGGUGUUAGACCUAGAACAGUAUCAAGUCCUAUCCCAUAUGGUUCUCCUAAUACAUCCAGACCUAUAUCUCCAGGAAUGAAUUAUCCAGCGUUUAGUCCUCCAAGUCCCAUGAGGAGAAGUACUGGUAGUACCAGCAGUACUAGUAGUGGAACAUUUCACCCUCCCCAUCAUUACCCGGGAACGUCACCACCUGUACAUUCACCCAUGCAGAAACCAAGACCUAGCACUGAAAAAUUUGCUAGACCAAGCAGUUUUCCAGAAAGAAAUGAUAAAACCUGAAAGAAGAAUUCCAUUUCUUGUUUGGUGCUAAAAGUGAUUUGUGUUUCACGCUUAUCCAAGGCCAAGAUUUCCAGAGCCGACAGGGGAAAAGACUGUGGGUUUUGAUUGUGCUUUGCAUUAUUUUUGUUAUUUGCAGUCAGUUACUGUUAGAAAAGGAUAUUCCAUCUGUUUGUUUUUACUUUAUCGUUUAUAAUGGAGGCACUUCUUUUUAAAGAAUUUGAUUUUCGAUAUUAUGUUUUUUUGUCAAGUUUAAGAGAGGGAAACACUGGUGUGUAUCAGAUAAUUAGAUUUAGCAUGCUUGACCGAAGUAAAGAUAUUGUAAUUACAGAUAUUAUAUGCUUUUGUUUGUUGUUAGUUUUGAGCACUUUAUGAUGAAUUCCUUAAGCACACGAGGAAUAAGCAGUUUAAUGUAUCAAAUGUAUAUUGGCAAGUUGAAUACUUUUUGUGACCUCUUUUUUUAAGUGAAUAUCAGUAUUUGCAUGUUUUGAAAUAUAAAAAAAGUUGUAAGGAUGAAACUCAUCUAAUCCUGUAAUUACACAUAAUUUUAUACAGAUGUUUUAAUUUUCUUGCAACUGAUCAGUUCAAUUUAAAUUUUACUUUGAGCUAUUUAAAUAUUUGUAAGGUAUUUGUAUCAAUUUUUCUGAAGUAAAAAAGCUAACUUGACUAUAGUUGACUCUUCCUUAGAUUUUAUCUGGGAAUUUUUUGUUUCAGCACAUGAUAUUUUUUAUAACAUAUCAUCAUAAAAUUGAAGUAGAAUUGACCAGUUUCAUAAAAAUUGUUUAUAACGUUUUUAUUAUUGGGUGUAUAUUUCACUAAUUAACAGUUCUGUAUCUUUUAACUGUGUCAUUUGAAUCAAAGAUUUUAUACAAAAUAGUCCCAAGAAAUUUAGUCAGAUAUAGUUGCAACCAAUUGUUAGUAGACUGUCUAUUUAGAAUUUUGUUUAAAGUUUUUGGAAUGUUUCAAAUUAGAAUUGUUUGCAGAUACAUGUAAGUUUCAAGUGUGAUACUUUUUUGCAUCCAAGUUCACUUUGUUUUGAAGAAGGUUGUGUUCACUUUAUUUAAAGAGAUGGUUGAUAACACACUAUAUGUAUAAAAGUUUUGCUCAUAUAUUUUAAUUCUAUGAUAUCAUUCCAUACUUACAAAGAAGUAUCUUGGUUUUUUGUAUUUCCUAUUUGUACUUUAAUUGAAGCUGACAUUAUUUUAAAAAUUCAGUUGUAUCUGAGACUGAUGGAUGAUGUGAAUGCAUCUCAAUAGUUUUAUUUUAAUUUUAUUUUCGAUCCUCUUGACCAAUGAAAAUCUUUUAAAUGUGCUGGUAUGUCAUAAAUUAUUGAUAUUCAGAUUGCAUUAAAAGCCUCUUCAUAAUAAGUGUUCAAAGCUUCAUUUUAAAAGCAUUUUCAAGUUUGAAAGGAUGUUUUGUUGUUGUAUUCAUACAGAAUCAGUAAUAGACUUUAAGGAAGUAGAUAUCUAAGUAUGCUUUUUUUAGUGCGUUCCAUCCUUCCCAGUUCAGUACUCUGAUGCAAUAAUGUUUAAUAUACUAAAGCCAUGAAAAAACAAAAAAGUUUUCUGUUCUGUGUUAGGUCUUAAUGUAACUGGUGUUGUUUUUUAAAGAAUGGAAUUCUUUGUUUGUAAGACAUAUAUGGAUCAUAUAUGGAUGAUAAUAAAGUAUUUCCAAUAUACAUUAUCCCAAAAAGGGUUGUCAAAACUACGAAGCAAUUCCAAAAAAAAAAUGAAAACAGAUUUUUUUUCCUGUUCGUGAAAUUAUGAUUAUAGUAAAUACCUGAAAUGAUUCAUUUGCAGAUUAAUCUAUAAUCAAACACAGGAAAACACAAACUACAGUCAUAAAAUUGUUUAUAAAGUAUACAAAAAUAACUCCCUAACAAAAUAAUUUGCAUUCAAAUAACUUCAUCAUUUUAAUACAAUUCUUUUUUUAUGAUUUUGCACUAAUUUUUUUAUUAGUACUACAUUUUCUGCUAUUCUUCUGACUAUAACACAAACUACCAUAACUACAGUUGGGUGCAGACAAAGCAUAACACAAAAUAAAUGCUGCUUCCACAUAUUUCAUAUUUCUAGUACAAAACACAGGUUUACUAUUAACAUGGUCAAAAUGAAAUCCUUGAAGGUCUACUCAAGUAAUUAUAUCAUUACUCAUUAUUCAUUCUUUAAGGGAGAUAUAAAUGGGUCAUGCUUCAAGAAAAAAUCGAACAAAAUUUAAGACAUCUGAAAGUUGUUUAGUUCAAAGAGUAAAUGUGCGUUAACUUUUUUUUAACAAAAUAGAAAAUGCUAAUUUUUCUAAUAAACACAGAGGUAAACAUGAUAGAAAACACACAAUUACUUUUUUAUGUCUUCUGAAAUUUUGAUGUUAACUCUGAGGCAAUGUGGCUUUUACAUAAAAUGCAUCUAAAGUUAACACUGUGUUAACUUUAGUAUCUGUUAACUUGUUAUGCUUGGUUUGCACCAAACUGUAUAGUUUGAUAAGAUGCCAAAAAUGUGUUUUUCCUAUAUGAAGUGUUAAAACAAUUCCUUUAUCUAAAACUGCUAUUUGUGAUUAAUAACCAAGUUUGCUUAUAUUUAGUCCUUGAAGCUUAUUUAUUGUUUGAAUUGUCAGAUAUAAUGGCAGCUAUAUAGAUAAAAGCAUUUAUGUUGUAUUGUGUAAUGCAUAAAAUUAUAGUAAAUUGAAAUUGAACAUUUACUCUUGAAUACUGAUAUUUAUUACAACGAAAUUGAUAGUAAAUGUUAUGGCUAUUCCAUUCAGAUUUACAAGUUAAUUAUUUGAGUAUGUAGUUAAUACAUAUGAUUUAAAAUUUACUUACUUGAUAGGUGAACCAUUAAAAAACAAACUGGUUAUUCAUGCAAAAAUUCAUUGGUUCCAAAGGCAUCCUUUAAGUGCAUGUUCCAUAUAAUUUAACUGUCUUAUGAUGACAAUUGCUAUCCCUUCAACAGAUAGUCUAAAAGCUUAUAAUUAAUGUAUGGUCCUUAUAAAAACAUUUUAACUUGAUUAAUUGUAAUUGUUAUACAAAUUAAAAUAGUUAAGCUGUAACUGGAAGGGGGAAACUACCUAGAUUGUUUUAAAGAUAUUAUGGACACCAUCAACAUACUUAUCAAAAUUAAAAGGUGUGUCUUUCCCACCCCCAGUUAUCAAGCAACUUUAAAUUGAAUAGCCAACAGCCAAUGUAACUAUGUGUUAAUUAUUAUCAUGUAGCUCCAAAGGAGAGGUGGUUUUCCUCUGUCCAGAACACAUUUUUGUUGCAUAAUCUACACAACUAUAAGUCAGAGCUUCUUGACAUGUGGCACUAAGCUUGUCUUUUCGGUUCUUUUGAUGUUUUACUUCCUCUAGGCUGAAAACUUCGAUCUUUAAAAUGUCAUGCCCAUAUAAGAAUUUGUUGUCACAUUUUAUAGUUGUCCUGUAUAUGCAUGAAAUAUUUGCCACUGGCACUGGACAGUAAGCGAACAACAAUCAAUCUCAGCAAAUUCAAGUCUUAUCUUCUUGAUAUAUGGUGGGGUAUAAUUAGGGGAAAAUACCAUAAAGUUUAUCUUGUUAUUCAUGAUUUUAUCCAAGGUUAGUUAUAUUUUAGUAAUUGAAGUAGAAAAAGAUUAAUACAGAAAAUUAAAAUUUUACUGUUUCCUAUGUUUUGGAGAUCAAACAUCAAUUUUUGUAUACAUUAAGUUAAAUGUAAUUAUUAGAAGUUUAUUGUGUCAUGAUAUUUCUUGUUAUGACAACACACUGAAAACUUUACAAUUAUUAAAUUUUUGGACUAUUAAAUUGACACAAAGUUCAUUUGUUUAUCUGUUUGAUAAAUAACUGUGGGAAUUCUGUGGAAUAUUUCUGUUUUGUUUCUGUAUCUUAUUUAUCCGGUAGUGAAUGAACAAAAUGGUUUUUGGAGCUAUAUAUAGAUAUUUCAAUUAACCCAUUUCGUGACGCAUAAUGUGGGACUUAAAUUUCCUCGACAGAGCAGUUGAUUAAACUGUUCUAGCUAGCAUUCAUUUUAUUUUGAAAAGAUAUCAAAUUUCUUUAGAAAAAUAUCUUACAGCUAGUGAUAUAUUAACCAAAAAAACAGAGCUUUGUUUUGGACUUAUAAAACUUAAGUUCAGGUACGUCACUAUGAAGGAGUAAUCAGUUGCCAUGAAUUUCAACUGUUUAAAAGUUUGGACUUUGUUUUGCUUUAUAUAUGAAAAAUGGUUAAAUUUGCAAAUAUGGAUAGCCUUAUGCUUGAUGUCAUUGUUUUUGUAAUAAUUAAUUUUAUUCUUUUGAAUGUGUGUUGUAAUUAAAAGCAGUUUCUUGUGAAUGAUUGUGAAAUGUUGGUUAGUCUGAAUACAGAUAUUUUCAAUAUAGCUUUUAUAGUCUUAUAGAUUGGCUUACGUUUAUCCCUAUUAUACUUUUUGUCUCUGGAAAAUCCUACUGGAAUUUGUGAUCCAGAUUAUUUAAAGUUGUAAUUUGUAGAAGUACAUUUUUAUCCAUUUCUGGUAAGUUAUUGAAGCUAUCAGUAUUUAAUUCAUGUCUCUUUUAGUUACAGAGAGUGCAAAACAUGGUUUUUGUUUUUUUUCAUUUUUAAAAAUCAGAUUUAUUUUAUAUAAAGCUUGUAAAAUAUUUGCUUAUUCUAUCCUUUUUCUUUUUACAUAAGGCAAACAAUCAUAUUUCUUUGCUUAUUUAGCUAAGUUUGGAUACAGUAUUGGUUUGAUAAAGGACAGCUAACGACAUAGAACAAUUGGUUUUUAAUCAUUAUCUUAGGUAACCUUAUAUCAUAUUAUCACCACACUGGGCUAGACCAUACCCAAGUUCAAUUUACUGAAAUACACCAAAGAAUAGAUUUUGACAUUUGUUUUUAAUUCCGAAUGCAGAAUUUUAUUAAAGAGUUUGAAAAGUCAAAGUUGAAAUCCCCUCUUAUAUUGAUGUAAUGUAAGUAUUCCUUGUUUAAUACCCUCCCCAGAAAGAUAGAAUCUAUGUAUAUUCCAUAUAUAUCAUUUCUUUCGUUACAUUUGUUGUUUUUGAAUGUUAAUAUGAGGCGGAAGUCCAGAAUUUUUUUUAUUUGGUUGGGAGAUAAGGAUAUCUGUGAUCCAAAGAUUAACCCAUGGUUUAUAUCUGUUUUUUUUAAACGAGUACUUACAGCUUAAAGAUAUGAAAUUGUAAUUUUAAUUCUGUUCCACCUCUUAGUAUUAUGGACCAAUAAAGAUUACUAUAAGUUGUCAUCACAUUUUGUCAUGGCCCCUGAUUUGUAUUAUCUCUGCCCAAACCUGAAGGAGUUAAGUGUUUGUUUGAGUGUAUCUAAACAAAUUGUCUACAAGUUCAUAAGGAAAUUCUUAAGAAAAGUCUUUUGAGCCAGACAUCAUAAUAUAACUACUGAGCUGGCACAUGUUCAUUGCCACUGGAAUCUUUUCUUUUGCAUGCUUUUAGUUAUAAAAGAUACAAACCUAAUAUUAUAUACACUAGCAUUCUCCAACUGUAUGAAUUAACUACAGUUUUAUGCUCAGCAUGCUUUCUAUAGCGUAUCAAUUAUUGUGAUUGACCAAGUAUUUUAUUAAGCUAUAUAAGUCUGUUGUACUGUCAGACUGACAAUUGUGAUAAUUUUUUGUUAUGUAUGUGCUGCUCUGUUGUAUAUAAACCUUGUUAUGUAUCUGAGUAAAAUUGACACAUGA